AAAUAUAAAGGGCGCGAUUGCUGUCCUUUGUGUCACGUGAUGAAACGGUGUGUAUUUGUGUUUCUCUCCCUACAUGCUUGUGUUCCAUUGGCUUUCAACGUCAUCAAAAUCUGCGUUUUGAUGGAAGCGGCUGUUGUUUCCAUAAACACGCACAUGACCGAAAAAAAAUGAGUAAAAGAAGCAACAUCUCGUACGUGAAGCCGGCCGAACCCGCCUUCCUCAGGAAAUUUAAGGAAGAUGUGGGUUACAAGUCUGGGCCGACCGUGGAAACCAAGAGGCAGCAGCUUACACCUGUUGAUAGUGACAGUGGACCGAGUGAUCUGGAAGACGAGCAGCCACAGGUUGUGGUUCUUCGCAAGGGGGACUUGACAGCUGAAGAAGCAGCAAAAGUCAAACAGAAUGCAGAAAAUUCAAAGAAAUCUGAAGAGCCAGAGCCAGAGGAUGGGAAGCAUGUAUUCAGGAAACCAGCAAAGCGUUCUUCAGGCGACACCUUUGCAGGCCUGACUGCCACUUCUAGCAAGAAGAAAAAGGAGGAGCGAAAAGAGCAAACCGAAUACUCCAAUUCAGAGAACAAACCAAAACAAGUGAAAAACACCAGCUUGCUGUCUUUUGAGGAUGAUGGAGAUGAUGAUUAAGGAAGUACUCUACCUCUAUUAGGUUCUUAUUAAUAAGAAGCUAAUAAUAUUGCUAUCCUGCCUUUGGAUGAACCCAAUUUAUCAGCUCUGUACAGUUCCAAAUUAGUUUAGUUACAUUGAAGUGCAGCUAGGGCUCAUAUUUAAUGUUGUAUGACUAUAGCAGGUAACCCAGUCUACUGUUGUUGUUGUGUUGUUUCCUCCUUCGCCACGACCAAGAGCUCAGUUGUUAUUAUUAUAAGUUUGUUAAAAAGAAUAUGAGGAGGCUCAGGGGCAAAAAAAAUGGAUACCACUCAUCGUCAAGCCAACUUAAAUGCACGUUGAGAUAACACUGGAUAGAGCUGGAUGAACACAGCAGGCGAGGCAGCAUCAGAGGAGUAGGAAAGCUGACGUUUUGUCGAGACCCUUCUUCAGGAAAAAAGCAGAUUGCACGUUGUCUUUGCAGCUGAAAUCUGCAGCAGGUUGAGUGCUUUAUUUAAUCUUCCUCUCGUUGAAAUCAAAGGGUGAGGCCCUAGUGAUUGGAGUUUAUAAAAGCAUGUGAUGUAUGACAUCAAGGUGGUGAGGAAUUAAAGUAAAAUGUAUGAGGAAUUUUUUUUAAAGAGGACAAGAAUAUAAAUUGUGAGUGUUUUUAUUUUGUUACUGCGUUCAGCAGGUGAUAUUCAGCCCUAUAUCUUCCCCUCAAUUCUAGCAAACAAUUGUGUUAUGGGGGGUGGUGGGGUGGUGUGGAAAAGAAAAUUCUGCAUCUGAUGAAAGGUGAUUGACUUGAAACUUCAACUUUGAUUUUCUUUCCAUAGUUGCUGCCUGACUUGUUUAUUGUUUCCAGUAUUUUCUGUUUCAGAUUUUCAGCAGCGUCAGAACUUUGCUGUUGUACACUUACUGUGUUGUUUUUGGUGCUGUAUAUAGGCUGUUAUGCCUUGCUAGCAAUUCCUGAGUGUGAGCUGAUGAAUGCAUAUGCAAGAGUGGCAGCUUUCACGAUAUCACUGAAGUAGUUUUACGUGACCCGCCUAACGGGAAAACUGUUGGAAUCAGAUUGGCUACCUGUUUUAUAUCCUGACAGAUUCCAUUUUCAAUUCACUUCAAUACAAAAUAAAAUUGGGUGGGAUGUUAGGAUGGACAGUUGACCAGAUCGUGCCAGUUUCCUGUUUGCCAGGUGAGAUUAGACUAACUCAUUUUCUGGGUUUCAGUGAUGGCAAAUGGCUCACUGGUUAGAGUGUGCUCACUUCACCUUUCCCUUUAUGGAAGCUCACCCAUCCCACUGGCCCCAAUUUCUAAUGCACUACCAAAAAAAAUCCACAAAUCCCUCAAAUCCAUGCCUAUCUUUCCCAGAGAUUCAUGUUUGAAUCUCUCCAAUUGGGUUUCUGCCCAUGCUGCAAGAUAGAAAUUACUUAACUGAAAUUGCAAAUAGCUUAUUACUCUGUCAAACUAUCCCUCCUUGCCUUUCUCAGUCUGCAGCCUGUGAUGCGGUUGAGCACAUGUCCUUCUUCAAAUGGCUAUCCUCCAUUGUAUUCCUGGACUGAACUAGUUCCAUAUUACAUUGUAGCCAGAGAAUCACUUGCAGCAGCUUGCUUUCCUGCUUCCAUAACUUUGACUCUAGCGCACAUUGACGCCUCCUGGUUCUCAUCUACAUGCUGGCCCUUGGCAACUCAUGCAGAAACACAGUUUUCAAACAUGUUGACAACACUCAGCUUGCCUCACUGCCACCUCUCAACUUGUUAAAUUAUCCAAUCAUCUGUUACUGGAUGUGCAGAAAUUUCUUAGUUAAAUAUUGGUAAGAUUGAGGCCAAUGCCUUUUGAUCCAUGCCACAAACUCAGCUCCCUCGCCACUGAAAGUUGAACCAGACGGUUCACGACCUCACCAUUAUCUUAGACCUCAAGAUGAGUUUUCCACCAUGUAUCCAUGCCAUCACUAUGACUGACUAUUUCCACCUCCAAGACAUCAUCAUAUCCCACCCCUUCCUCAGUUGACUUGAUGCUCUAAUCCUUAUCCAUGAUUCAUUAGCUCCAAACCUGACUCAUCUGUCACAGGUCAGUCUCCCAAAUUCCACCCUCUAUAAACUCACUAAAAAUUCUCCUGCUCAUGUGUCGCAUCAAACCCAUUCACUCUUCAUUCCCAAUGCUUGCUUGUCUGGUUUAUUUUCGGUCAUGUUCAAGCAGUGUUUCAAUUUUAAAAUUCUCAUCCUCAUUUUUAAAUCUCUCCAAGGCCUGGUUCAACUUCGAUGUUGUAAUUUCCUUAGUAAUUACCACUACAGUUUCUGAGUGAAAAGAUACUUCUAUGCUCUCCUCUUAAGCAGCAACUUCUGUACCUUUUUUUAUCCCGUCAGGGGAGAACUUGAAAAGCAAUGUUAUGCCUUCUUUUUCACAGCACAGUUGGUAAACUACAGGUGAGUUGCCUGCCCAGCAUAUCUGUGUUUUACAGCUCCAUUCAUAAAUAGAACGAUUCAGUAUGAGUUCUGCAGUGCUGUCUUUUUCCUUCAGUACUUACAGAAAUCCUGCAUGAACUCCAAUAGGCUAAAUGGGUGCCUGGGUUCGUAAUGACUCUACAAAUAUGAAAUGCUGAAAAUGCUCAGCAGGUCAGGUGACAUCGGUUAUGAGAAAAAUAGAACAUUUCAGGUUGAUGACCUCAUGUCAUAACCAGAGAAAGUAAGGAUAGUAAGAUUUCUGCUGUAUUUAGUUGAAACUGGACUGGUUCUACUGUGUAUUGUGGCCACUCAGACUAAUCAACAUCUUUGGUAGGGUGUUCAGCUGAAUUCCAACUGGUUUCUCUCAAAAGAUGUGAAAUAAUUUGUGUGUGACAAUGGAUUUAUUGUUUAAAAAAUGGAGAGAAUCUGUGCAUGGAGGUGAUUUAGUUCACCAUAUAAAAUUUUGAAUCAAUGCAGUUUCAAUCUGUAUGUAUUAAGCAUUGAGUUAUCCACAGAAAUAUUAGGUUUCUGAAAAAAGUGUGCAUUUCAUUGGUACUUGGCAAUCACUUCACCCGUUUUCUCCACUUCAUUACUGGUGUCUCUUGCCCUCCAGCACUCUGCCUACGUGCUGAAUAUUUUGAGUGUCUUUCCCAAAAGUGGUAGAAGGAUAAUAGGAGUGUAGAACCUAGCUUCAUCCAUGCAUUCCCACUUCCUUAUGGACACCUUCAAAGAGUGAUUUCCAUUUGGGAUUCCCAGCUGAUUAUCCACUUCUCCAACAGAAAGGUCCACAUAGCAAGGAAAUAGGGAGUGCACUGACAUUAAACCUCCUUCAAUGCACACUAGUUUGAGUCCAAGAAUUUUGAGAAUGCUAAGACAUUGAUUAUUCAAAUAAUCACCAUAAAAGUGUCUGUCUCAUGAUAAGAAAUGAACAGAAUGCCAUUGGCUUGCCUAAUUAAUAAGCGCUUUUAGUAGCAUCAUCUUUGAGGAGGUAGAGCAAUCAUUCUCAUUCCACGUGGGAAUGUGGGUAAUAAGCUUCUUUUUGGGAGCUAAGCAAUGUGUUUUUAUAGUGAUGUAGCUACGCCCGUGGUUUUAUCCUUUGUGAGAUUUGUAUUGGAAUGUUGAUCUUUGUGCUUUUUUUAAACUGUAGUAGUAUAUAGAUUGAUAACAUGUUAUCAAUGAUUUUCAAUUUCAAAUAUAGUUGGAAAGACAACUUGUAUGAACUAUACUGUUUUCCAUUAAUAAAGCACACCAUCAAUCAUUUCAAUUGUGUGCACUUUAAUUAAAGGGCUCAUCAUUUUGUUGGGAUGAACUCUAUUAUUCCUAAUGUUAUGCAAUAAUUUCCCAAUUUGUGGUGUGGUUGAGGUGGAAGGAUCAAGAAGAGAUUAGUUAAUCUCCCUCGGGAAGAAGGGAAAUUUAUAGAACACCUUUUUAAUAUAAUUAAACAUCCAAAGACACUCCACAGGAGUGUUUUAAAACAAAAUUUGACACUGAAAUACAUAAGCAGAUCUUGUGGCAGAAAGCCAAAAGCUUGAUCAAAGUGUUUGGGUUUGAGGAGUUCUUAAAGGAUGAAGUGGUUUAAAGUGGUUGAGGGGAAUUCCAGAGCUUGGGGCCUUGGCAGUCAGGAGUAGAGUAGUUAAUUCAGGCAAGCUCAAGAGUCCGGAAUUAGAGGAGCAUGGAUAUCUUGAAGUGUUACAAGUCUGGAGGAGGUUACAGAGCUGGAGGCAGAGUCCAUGCAGUAAUUAAAAACAAGGGUGACUUCUAACACAGAGCCAUUACUUACUGGGGACCAGUGCAGGUCAGUGAGCACAUGGGUGAUUGAGAAUGAC